UUUGCUGCAAAAGAAAUUUACAAUGCAAUUCGAGUAUUCAUUGCUGCAUAUGUUUGGAUGACUGGAUUUGGAAACUUUUCAUAUUACUAUGUCCGCAAGGAUUUCAGCGUGGCAAGAUUUGCACAGAUGAUGUGGCGGCUUAAUUUCCUGGUUUUCUUGUGCUGCGUUGUCCUAGACAACAGUUACAUGCUAUACUACAUUUGCCCCAUGCACACUCUGUUCACCCUUAUGGUUUACGGGGCACUUGGUAUUCUGAACAAGUAUAACGAGAACAGUUCAGUCAUAGCGCUAAAAAUCAUCUCUUGCUUCUUUGUGGUUAUCGUGGUAUGGGAAAUACCUGGAGUGUUUGAGUUGGUCUGGAGCCCAUUCACUUUCUUUCUCGGUUACGCAGAUCCAGCUGCAAAAACACAGGUUCACCCCUUGCAUGAGUGGCAUUUUCGGUCAGGACUUGAUCGAUACAUAUGGAUAAUUGGAAUGAUAUAUGCUUACUUUCAUCCAACCGUAUGUUUACUCAACCAAAUGCGUUUUAUUAAAGCAAAAGAACGGACUUGAACGGAGUGGAUCAUAUCCAUCAAUGCAAAAGGUUAGUAAACUUAAAAGAAGAAAAGCAGCUUCAUGAAGAACCUAAACCAAAAUUUUCCACCACAAAAUUAACAGGGCUACACGUCGUGUCCUCUUUCCGUACAACAAAGGAAAUUACUUGUGUUCUUGAUACAUCAACGAGCAGGCGAUAGAUUCCUUCCUUUCAUCACUGUGCAGAUACUAAUCCCUCGGAAGAUAUGCACGAUGUCGUAAGCAAAGCUAUUUCAUUCUUCUCAAUCUAAGCAGGCCCUACCAAAUUGGCGUUCCUUGUUUUGUACGUAAACACAUGAAUAGGUGGAAGAAGGAGACACUUCUCCCUGUAUGUUCAAUCAUGGGUUACAUGCAAUACAACCACUAUCAUACCGGACAUUCUUGCUUGCAAAAUAGUAAGUCAACUCUUAAAAGUUCCAUGGAGCAUACCAUGCAAAACAUCCAGUAUACAAUUGUUUCUGAAACCCUCCCAGAUUUCAUAACCAAACCAACACUGCAAAAUUGGCUAAAUUAAGCACGCAUUUCACAAUG